GUUUGACAUUGACAUCUGGCGUUUCUUUCCGGUUCAAAUUUUGAUAGAGAAACAUCAGAAAAAAUGGCCAAACGUACUAAAAAGGUUGGAAUUGUAGGUAAAUAUGGUACACGUUAUGGUGCCUCACUACGUAAAAUGGUUAAAAAAAUGGAAAUUACCCAGCAUUCUAAAUAUACUUGUACGUUCUGUGGUAAAGAUGCAAUGAAGCGUGCUUGUGUAGGUAUUUGGUCAUGUAAGAGAUGUAAACGUGUAGUUGCAGGUGGUGCCUGGGUUUAUUCCACAACAGCUGCUGCUUCAGUAAGAUCAGCUGUCAGACGUUUAAGAGAAACCAAGGAACAAUAAGCAAAUUUUUUAAUUUAUGUUAGGCGCCUAAGUUAAUAUUUUUAAAUAACAUAUUUGUGCGUAACUGUCAAAAGAUCUGGCGCACUUGAAAGAUGUAAAACAAGACAGCAAUGAAUGAUCACUAAAGUGAAAAAUUAAUAAAGAUUAAAGUGAUAAAGUA